UAGAGCCCAGAAAAUAUUUGACUUUCAUUAGACAUGGCAGUAACAUAAGGCAGGAAACAUUUGACAUUCACAAGACAUGGCGGUCACAUGAGUCAGGAAGGAUUGUUUCACAUUCAAGUUAGACAGUAUGUAGACUACUUUGGAAAUGUAUUUAUGUAUUUUAUACUGCCAGGCUCAUAUAUACAGUCUUGGUCUUCUAUAGAUUGACACCUUGCUGCUAACAUACAUAUAUAUCAGAUCAUUCUGAUAAGGUACAUUAUACCAAUACAUUCUAUAUACAUAUUUGUACACUAAUAUACUUGUUGCAAAUUGUCCAUUCAGUUUUGAAACUAUGUAUUAGUAACUCCACAUUGUGAAGAUCACAUGUUUUGUCCAGACCAUAAAUUUAUAUAUUAUAUCUAGACUGGAAACCGGAAACAAAUUCUUAUCCGCAAUUGAUCGAUUCACAGACCUAUAUAUAGAGAGAAAUUUUUAUGUUCGUAACUCUUUUUCAAGCUCUAAGGGAAGUCACCCCAAUCAAUCAUUUCUGGCUUAGAAAAGUAAUGAUCUUUAGUUUUCAAAGUGUAGAAAUAAUACAAAAUCAUUUCUCUGAUUUUCUUUAGAAUGGGCUAUUACAGAACUAUAUAUUCACGCUAAUAUAUGAAACAAAGCCAUUUCCAUUGAGAUAAUGUUUUUAAAAUCCUAGAUCAAAAUAAUUCAUGUGUGUUGAUUUUAAUCAUCUUAUGUACAUUUAAAUAGAUUGAUUACCUAGAUCUUUCUAGAUUAUGUAUCUAAAAAUUGCAAAAUAAUAAUUAUGAGAUGAGAGUACUCUAAUUUUUUAUAUUCAAUUAGGCUACUAGAUCUAGAUUUAAAAAUUAAAUUAUAUGUUACAUAGGUUAGCGUUGAAAACAACAACUAUACCUCUUAUAGCUACUUAACAAAAUAAUGCCUUGUUUCAACUUUUUAAAUUUCAUGACAUUUUUUGUAGUUUUAAAAGAUCUCCAUGUCCAGUCUGGAUACAGUAUAUACAAGUCUAUGGUCCAGACCUUUGACUUGCAAAUGAUCUGAUAGGAAUACAAACUCUUGAGUUGUUUUUGUUUUCUUUAUAUUUGGUGUUAUUGCUGGUUCCAACAUUCUGAACUGCUUGGUCAACACUGAAGAAUUACUGGUACAUUGUAUUGAUCUUUUGAUUUUUGUCUCUGUUUCUUUUCAAUUCCGUCCAUUGGUUUUAUACACCUGCAGAGAUUUGUAUUUACGUUUCAUUACAUCAUUCUGUCUUUAAUGGGGUGAUGUCUCUAUGCUCAAUGUCAGCUGGUUUGUUUACUUAGAACAUUUUAUUUUUUAAAAACUAUCCAUAUACAAUUUUAAAGUUUGUUAAUAUUUCAAGUAAAAUCCACAAAUAAAUGAGCAAAUAUUUUGUUUUAUAAAGUAGGACCAGUGAAAACAUUGGUUAGGGUGAACUAACUUGACCUCAUUUGUUUCAAAAGUUCUCCAGCCAAUGUAAAUGUUGUCAUGUAUGUAUAUUUUGUGUGACAUUUUGUUGAACUAUUUUGACUUAUGUGCGUAAUCAAUUAAAGACAUCCUGGAAGUAAUCACUGUAUCUGUGUGUUUGUUUCCUGUGUGUGCGUGUGUCUGUACAGCCAUGAUGAGCUACACAUAUAUUGAAUUAUAAAUUACAGUUAUUGUCUUAGGAGUAUCUUUGUGUAAACCCUAGUUGGGCUUUUUAAUUAGACUUAAACUUUACAAGUCAUUACUUAAAUAGUUUUCUUGGCUGAUUUCAUGGGACAAUAAGAUAUAUAUAUAUAUUUUUUAAUUCAACAAUUGGCUUUGUGUCUGGGUAGAAAGAGACUCCAAUUUCUAACUUCAGUGAAUCCAAGUAGUAAAAGUUGAGUCACCUAAGUAUCUUGGUCCAGGACACUGUGCCAUUAGUUUGGUCAUUUAUGUCAAUGGACCUCAUUCACCAAUUGUAAACAAAAAACAUUUAGCCACGUGGUGCUUUAUCUCAUCUAUAUAAUUUACGAUCUCAUGUUUAAUUCAUGAUGGUUGUCACGUGACAGUUUUUUUUUCCAUUGUUUUAUCAAUAAGAUCACGUGACUAAAUGUUGUUUGUUUACGAUUGGUGAAUGAGGUCCAUUAAAAACAGCAAUGGCUCACACAAAAGAAACAAAGAUGACAGUCAUCUUAUUUCUCAAUUUUUGUUUAGUGUGGACACCAUCAAUCUGUGUGUAAGAAACUUUAGAUAAAUUUAAAGUUGAAGCAAACAUUUUACUACAUGGAUUUAGAAAAAAAGACACCAGUGAACAAGACAAAUUGAAAAUGUAGCCUAAUAAAUAUUUCAUUUGAAAUUCAUCACAGACAUUUGGCUAAGAAAACUUAUGGCACAUUUAGAGAUAUGCUUUUUAAAACAAUUUUUUUUCAAAAACAUCUAGACAACAGAUUAGCCUCUAGUCUCAAGACUAUCCAUAGCCCCCAGUUGGAGCCUGACUUUACACCUUUCACUUUCUACAAGAGAUUUGGAGUCCAGUCUUAUAAUAUUGCUUUGACAGGUGUGUGGGAAACUUGUACAAACUUUGACAACACAAGAAUUGAAAUGAUCUAAAUUUGGUAUGGCUCACCCUCAAAGAGACAUUAGAUAGUAAUAGACCCAAUGCAAUUUCAAGACCACAAUACACUACACUAAGAAACCUUUGUCUUCCCAAACUAAUAUUUCCUUUGCUAUUGAAAUAAGAUUACAGAUCAAACAGAAAAAGUUUCAGACUCGUAUCUUGUUACCUCAAAAUUAAAUUUCUCCAAUUUAAAUGUAGUGGGGAGGAUAUCAUAUACUGGGAUGCCAAACUUGACCUAACACCAGUCCACAAACAGAAGCUGACCUCUGCCCCAGAAAAACCGCCAAAAUAACCGAUUUAAGGAACAAGCAAGGUGGUCACUUCCUUUUCUUGCUGGCAUCCUUUGCCGAAGCUUGGUGUUCCGCAUCUACCCCAAUACCACCUUGUGUAACCCUGUUGUGUUCUUUAUAAUUGUUUUUUUUUCAAGGCUGCAGCUGAAAAAUGUCGCAAGACAGCACAGAUUACAACACCUACAGGACUCCACUUUCAUCUCGCUAUGCUAGCAAAGAAAUGAAAAUUAAUUUUUCAGAUCAGAAAAAAUUUUCAACAUGGAGAAAGUUAUGGCUUUAUUUGGCUCAGGCCGAAAAGGAGCUUGGUAUAGACAUAACGAAUGAGCAGCUUGAGGAAAUGAGCCAAAAUUUGACUAACAUUAAUUACAAGCAGGCGGCAAUGGAAGAACAAAAAUUCAAGCAUGAUGUGAUGGCUCAUGUUCAUACCUUCGGGGCUGUUUGCCCAAAAGCUGCUCCCAUCAUUCAUCUUGGAGCCACGUCCUGCUAUGUCGGUGACAAUACAGAUUUGAUUGUACUCAGGGAUGGAUUGGAAAUACUUAAACCAAAGCUUGCCACAUGUAUUGCUUUGCUAAGAAACUUUGCCAUGGAGCACAAGGAUCUCCCUUGUCUUUCAUAUACCCAUUUACAAGCUGCACAAGUUUCUACUGUGGGUAAGAGGGCAUGUAUAUGGGCACAAGAUCUUCUCAUGGAUUUGAAGAACAUGGAAAGAGUCAGCAGUGAACUUCGUUUUCGAGGAGUCAAAGGCACAACUGGCACACAGGCUAGUUUCUUGGCUUUAUUUGAUGGAGAUGCUGCCAAAGUUGAAGAGCUGGAUAGGAAGGUUACUGAGCUUGCAGGCUUUAAAAGUCACUUCAUCAUCUGUGGACAAACGUACUCCAGGAAGGUUGACGCAGAGGUUCUGUCAGUUUUUGCAAGUUUUGGUGCCACAGUUCACAAGAUUUGUACUGACAUUAGACUUUUGUCAAGUUUUAAAGAACUUGAAGAACCUUUUGAAGCUGAUCAAAUAGGAUCCAGUGCUAUGCCUUACAAAAGAAAUCCUAUGCGAUGUGAAAGAAUCUGCUCCCUUGCAAGGCUUCUCAUCUCAUUGGUGAUGAACCCUCUACAAACUGCAUCAGUUCAGUGGAUGGAACGUACUUUGGAUGACAGUGCCAACCGCCGUGUUGUUCUUCCAGAAGCCUACCUUGGUGCAGACGCUAUUCUCAUGACUUUACAGGCUAUAUUUGAAGGCCUUGUGGUUUACCCCAAAGUCAUAGCCAAAAGACUGGGGGAUGAACUUCCAUUUAUGGCAAGUGAAGCCAUUCUAAUGGCCAUGGUAAAAGAAGGAGGUAACAGACAGGAAUGCCAUGAGAAGCUCCGUAGUCUAGCAAUACAGAGUGCUUCUGUCAUGAAGCAAGAAGGACUUUCUUGUGAUCUUAUUGACAGGAUAAAAAAAGACGACUAUUUUAAGCCCAUUUUGUCAAAACUGGACGGCUGCGUGAAUCCCACAACAUUUAUUGGAAUGUCGUCAUCUCAGGUUGAGACAUUUAUUAAAUCGGAAGUGGAUGAAGUAUUGGACAAGUACAAGGACAAGUUGGUCAAGUCAGUCAAGCUUGAAAUCUAGUAUGUCAGUGAGGACAAAUAAAUUGUUUUGGUUCGAAUACAAGUGAUCUGAUGAAUUAGAAAUAUGAUUGUAAAUGACACGGUUCAAAGUACAUUUCAGCGGUAACAAAAGUCUUUGUCUAAAAUUUCAAGCAAUUCUAUGUUCUGGUUAAAUUGCGUUUAAAAAAAAAAUUUUGUUGUGUUCAAUUAAAUGCUCAUUCUUCAGUUUGGGGCAUUAUUUAUAGGGUCUUUUAUCCAUUUUAUAUACAAACAGAAAUUUUUUGUUUACGCAGAUACCGUAUUAAUUAAUUUUUUUUUGCUGCCACCAUGCUCAGGAUGAAGGGCAUUAAUGACACUUUCAGGUUUAUUUGGGUUUUUAUAAACUUGAUUUCCCUUUGUUUGGAACAGAUGAGUUUCUAUACUGCCUUGAGUGUUGAAAAGUUGAUUAACUCAAGAAAAUUUACAAUCAGAAAGAAAAAAAAAAAGUGGCCACCUUGAUUGUUUUUUUUAAAUCAGUUGUUAUGGCAUUUUUUCCAGGGCAGAGGUCUUUAUACCCCACCCUGUAUAUAUAUAUAUCUAUAUCUGAUAUAUCUAUUGUAUCAGAGUCUGAAAGCUAGUCACCUGUAAAGAGUAAAGCAGAACACCUGUAGUUUCACAAACUGACGUAUUACAUGAUGUGUGAAUUUUGUGUGACUUUGUCGUCCUGCAGGUGAAUUAUUGAAACUAGACCAACUUGACGACAGAAAGAGCAAUGUUGAAUUUUUGGAGACUAGUCUCCUAGUCAAAUCUAGUCUUAUCCUUCAAAUUGUAUGUAUGUAUUUAUAGAGCCCACUCUAUUAAUUAAUUGAACAGAUAUCAUUGUGAUGAGCACCUGUAUAUUGACUGCUCCUGUAUACUUAUUAGCUCAUGCAAAGGAUGACCCACAAAACAAAAUCUAGUUAUCCCUGGCCAGGUAACAGAACUUAAGUCAAUGCCAGAUUUUACCUGAUGUGACCGUCCACUCAUUCAGCAUAGAGUUGCAAGUGAUCCUACCCGGCCAAGCAGUGAGUUAAAGCAUCUUUUGCAGCGAAAUUGAUUUUUAUCAAUGAAACAUGAAAUUCUGGAUUUUAUGUGAGAAAGUAACAUUCUGUCAACUACUAGGCAGUGUAUCCCAUCCUGCCUUUGUGCAGAGGACAGAAUAUUUGUUACUUAUUUUCUCCAGGUGUGAAGAGACAUAGAAACAUGUCCAUUACAAGUGAGGCCAAAUGUAAAAUGCCUAGGUUGGAACAUUUUUUUUGUAAAAAAAAAAAAAUACAAAAUGAAUAUCAUUCUCUAUACUGAGAGAACAAACAAAUCUGAAAUAGAACUAUUGAACGCCUGUAAUAUAGCCAGCACAAACUAUGAAUGUCUUCUACAACCCAGAAAACAUUUGACUUUUUCUAGACAUGGCAGUCACAUGAGUCAGGAAGGAUUGUUUCACAUUCAAGUCUUAUUUAGACAGUAUAUAGACUACUUCGGAAAUGUAUUUUAUACUGCCAGGCUCAUAUAUACAGUCUUGGUCUUCUAUAGAUUGACAUGUUGUUGCUAACAUAUAUAUACAACAGACCAUUCUGAUACAGUACAUUAUAACAGUACAUUCUUUAUAAAUUUAAUAUACUUGUUGCAAAUAGUCCAUUCAGUUUUGAAAUGAUGUAUUAGUUAGUAACUUAGUAACUCCACAUCAUGAAGAUCACAUGCUUUGUCCAGACCUUUGACUUGCAAAUGAUCUGAUAAGAAUACAAACUUUAUGUUUCAUUACAUCAUUCUGUCACUUAUGGGGUGAUGUCUAUAUGCUCAAUGUCAACUGGUUUGUUUUCUUAGAGCAUUUUUUAACUAUCAGAAUACAAUUUUAAAUUUGUUAAUAUUUAAAGAUAAAUGAGCAAAUAUUUUUUUUUUUUAGAAAAUAUGACAAAUGGAAAAAUUUGUUAGGGUGAACUAACUUAACCUCAUUUGUUUCAAAAGUUCUCCAGCCAAUGUGUAUGUUGUCAUGUAUGUAUAUUUUGUGUGACAUUUUGUUGAACUAUUUUGACUUAUGUGCGUAAUCAAUUAAAGACAUCCUGGAAGUAA